AUGAUGGAGCCUACACCAUCACUCCAGUCGGAUGGGCCGCCCUAUCCCUCAUUCGAAGAACUUCAACGCAAGGGACAUCGUGUCAUGUUCACUCGCGAUACCUGGCGACUUUAUUGGGAACUCGACGGCGACUUUCCCGGGGCAAUUUCCGUCAUGAAGACCCGCAAAGGCGCAAACGACCUGGAACCAUUCUUCAGACCAGACACAGCAACAUGGCAUGAGCUUGCGGGUAUGCCCCUGACGGAACCAAAGGUCUCGUCCGUUGAGGCUAUGGUUAGCGACCUCCGGCAGUGGGAAUCAGACUGGCUUGAGUGGCAUGAUUGGCAUGAGGCACCCGAGUACAACCAAGUGCUCGUCGCCUACGGCGAUCUCGACAAUAAUGUUCGGCCUUAUGCCGGAGAGCCUCCGGAAGACGACGAGGACACGAAAUUUCUCAUUAAGUGCUGCGGAGAAGACCGACCCCUUCGGAAGAAGGAGAUCAAGCUGAAAGUCAUGGCUUCAGCGGGUGGUGAUUCCUUUGUCACAGUUCGGGACUAUGUCAGCUGUAAGCGCCCUGUUCCUAUCACCUCCAAGAGGUUUUCCAAAUUUUCUAACCACAGGACAUUAGCUGUUCAUCCCUGGCUUAAGAGCUUGCGCAGCGAGAUUAUGAAGGCAAAAGAGGUCGCGCGUCCUCUAGCAUAUAACACCAAGUUACCAUACGAAUGGAUGGUGGACGUCUUUGAGGGGCCAUUCAACAAGAUCGAAGAGAAGAAGGACUGGGUUCAAAGCCAUGGGGGCGGCCCGCGUCGUGAACAUCCUUUGCCUGUGGUGUUAUUGGAACAUCUCGCACAGAAGCGUGCAGAGCGUGAAUUACGCAACAAAAGCAACUAA